ACUGUCACUUGUUUACCGGGUGUGGUGCGGCUGCGCAAAACAAGUUUGGCUUUAGUUUUUCGUAAAAGUGAUGGAACUGCAUAACGAACUUAUAGUUUGAUAUUCGUGAUCAAUUUAUAAUAUCCUAUUGAGAUAUUUUAUUCUUGUGUAUUAGUAACGGGUCAGUUGCUUUUGUGUGUGAGAAAACUCAAAGCUAGCCCUUUCCAUGGGCGUUAACUUGUUAAAUUAUAAGUAAUAGUCUGAAGUAUGAAUCUCUCCAUUAAGAUUGCAAUACACAUAAGUAUAUUAGCACAAAUAUGUUCUGGGCAGGAUUAUGGCACUCAAACAUAUAAUCCAGACUCUACAAACCCUACAAAUGACUACCUCAAUACCAAUGAUCCAAAAUAUGACAAUCCAUAUGAUCCAAAUAGACGGAAUCAAAACCGCAAACAGUAUGAUAAUCCAUACUCAGAUAAAAGAUAUAGCCAGUUUGAUAGAAAUGAUUUAAAUCCUUAUAAUCCUGAGAAUACUCCACGACCAGCAUGGGAUUCUAGCAGAACUUACAGUACAUCAUUUAAAGGUGCUGAGUUGGAGCAUGAAAGUGUUAUCAUAAAUGAAGCCACUUACUUUAUUGUAGCAUCUCGUAUGGUCCGUCCAGGACAGAUAUACAAAAUAUCAGCUAAUAUCUUGAGAGCAAGACUACAGAUGACAAUCCGGGCAUCCAUCUCAUGCAAUGGUGUCGAACUAGCACAUGUCAGUGAAAGAGUAAAGGAAGGAGUUCUUGAGAUCCUUAAUUUGAGAAUCCCAGCAACAUCGGUACCAGGUGAUUACAAGUUGAGAGUGGAAGGUCUGUACCUCGAUGAUCCAUUUGGUGGUAAUGCCUUUGUUAAUGAGACUCAACUGGACUUCUCACAGCGGUUUAUGACUAUAUUUAUUCAGAUGGAUAAACCAGUUUAUAUGCAAGGGCAGAUCGUGCGAUUCCGUGUGAUACCCAUAAACACGGAGUUGAAGGCUUUCGGAAGGUCAAUUGAUGUAUACAUACUCGAUCCCAAUCGUCGCAUCAUGAAGAGAUGGUUAUCUAGACAGAGUAACUUUGGUACCGUGAGUCUGCAAUACCAAUUGUCAACCCAGCCCAUAUUCGGCGAGUGGUAUGUGCGAGUGGAGGCUUUAGGACAAGUUGAGGAGUCCCGAUUCUUGAUCGAAGAAUACUAUCAGACCAGGUUUGAAGUUAACGUAACAAUGCCAGCGUUCUUCUUCAACACGGAGCAAUUUAUUCACGGACGUAUCAUGGCCAACUAUACCUCGGGAGCUCCGGUACAUGGAAACCUUACUUUGAAGGCCACGCUUCGCCCCAUACCCCAAUAUCGUCCCAGGGACUUUAGGAAACAACUCGAACUUGAUCCUUAUUCUAGAGCUCGUCCAAACUACAAUCCCUUCUUAUACAACGAGAGUGGCUACCAACCAUUUGAAUUCGGACAAGAGGAUAACACACAUGUGAACUAUCGUGCUGGACAGCCUAAUCAAUUAGAUCAUCCCGACUGGUGGUAUGACCCACAGAAGGUUGUCACCCGGCUGUUUAACUUUGAUGAAAAGUACCCCUUUUGGAUGCCAAAACCAGAUCCAAUAGAGUUUGAGAAUCAGGCAAAUCAACCUCAUUUGAAUCCAAACUACAAUACGUACAGUACGUCGUCAACGUACAAUUACUACAAUAACAAUUAUGAUCAACUGCCGUAUCUGAGAUUUUUCAACGGCACCUAUGACUUCAAGUACCCAAUGUCCGAGUUAGCCCAGCUGGUACCAACUCUCGAUGGGAUGGAGGUGAUAAUAACAGCAUCUGUGGGAGAUCCCUUUCUCAAUGAAAUUAUAGAGGGUUACAGCAUCGCUAGAAUAUUCAACUCAUCUCUUUCUGUUACCUUUUUGGGAGGGGAAUUGCAAGUGUUCAAGCCGAGUAUGCCGUUUGAUGUUUAUAUGGUGGUGUCAUACCAUGAUGGAUCAAAACUACCAGAGUGGCAAGCACUGGGGAUAUCAUUGGCGGUGACAGGUCAGCUUGAGGGCAGGGGCGGAGCCCUAGAAACUUUGCGGCCUACGCUUGUACCGGGACAAAACGCUGUGUGGCAUCUCAAGAUGGAUUUGUUUAAACUGUUGCGUCUAGAAAACGACCCCAACUACCGCGAAACUUUAGCGGGUAUAACGGGAAUACGUUUAAACGCGCAACUGUCUGACGCAAUGGGUGCGCGUGCGUCCGCCGACGUACACCUCGUAGCGCAUCAUUCGCCUAACCAACAUCAUAUACGGGUGUCUACUAGUACUACUAAUGCUAGAGUGGGAGAAUACAUAAUAUUUCAUGUUGAAAGUAACUUUUAUAUGGAAACAUUCAGUUACGUGGUCAUGUCUAAGGGAAUUAUUCUGACUAGCGGACAAGAGAAUAUGCAGGAAGGCGUACGUACAUUCGCGGUAGUGUUGUCUGCUGAGAUGGCGCCGGUCGCCACGAUAGUUGUAUAUGCGGCGCAAAGACGUGCAGUCGUAUUAGCAGAUUCCCUCACCUUCCCUGUCAACGGAAUAUCUAGGAAUAAUUUCACCGUGUCAAUAAACAACAGAAAACACCGCACAGGAGAACGAGUAGAAGUAGCUAUAUAUGGCGAACCCGGCGCGUAUGUCGGUCUAUCUGGAAUAGACAAUGUAUUUUACACUAUGCAGGCUGGAAAUGAACUUACGUAUGCCAAGGUAAUAUCAAAAAUGUCCCAAUUCGACGAAUCAACAAACGGUACGUUCGCGUAUACGUGGCGUUCGCACUUUGGUGACGCAGACGAGCUCGUAUACUUUCCAUCAACAAGCUUUGGUAUCGAUGCAAAUAGGACACUCGAGUACUCAGGUCUAGUCGUAUUCAGUGACGUAAUGGUGCCGCGCCGACAUAGUAACUGCAAUGCCACUAUGGGAUUGGCUGAAUGUUUGGACGGCAAUUGCUAUGCCGUGGAAAAACGAUGCGAUGGCGUGGUCGACUGUUCCGAUCGGACUGAUGAGUCUCAUUGCCCCCGAGACAACUCCUUCGAGCUAAGCCACUUCCGAAAAUUCCGAUUCAACCGAGUCCAGCGGCAAUACGAUAAUGUGUGGAUGUGGCGGGACGUUAAUAUCGGACCCCACGGGCGAUACGUGUUCACCCUCGAUGUUCCCCAAGUUCCUGCCCAUUGGACUGUGUCUGCCUUCAGUAUGUCCCCAUCUAUGGGACUUGGCAUGACUGUGACGCCGACGCAUUACGAAGGCAUCCUACCGUUCUUCAUAAAGGUGGAAGGACCCGACGAGUCACGCCAGGGUGAACAGCUAGGUCUUCGUGUGGUCGUCUUUAACUACCAACAACAGGACAUCGAGGCCGUCGUAGUAUUGGCUUCUUCACCGGACUACAUGUUUGUACACGUCGAGGAAAAUGGUAUCGUUCGUUCAUACAAUCCGCGUACUUCUUUCGGCGAGCACCAAUUCUUCGUAUACAUAAUAGCUGGAGACGCGGCUACCGUUCACAUCCCAAUCGUUCCGGCACGUCUAGGAACCAUACAUAUCAACAUACAUGCGGCCACUCUACAUGGGAUACAUCGCGCUACUAAGACCAUACGAGUUGAGGCGGACGGUCUACCCCAAUAUCGGCAUCAGUCCGUACUCUUAGACCUUUCGAAUCGUGCGUACGUAUUCCAGUACAUGCACGUAAACGUCACGGAGACGCCGAUAAUUCCAUAUGAAGUGGAUCGUUACUACGUGUUUGGGUCUAAUAAGGCCACAAUAUCGAUAGUUGGUGACGUCGUAGGACCGUUAUUCCCAACUAUGCCGGUUAAUGCUACCAGUCUACUGGAUUUGCCUAUGGAAUCAGGUGAACAGAAUAUGUUCAGUUUCGCGGCAAACAUGUAUUUGACACUAUACAUGCGUCUGAUCAACCAGAGGAACAGAACUCUUGAGAAGGAGGCCUUUGAGCACAUGAAUGUGCUUUAUCAGCGGCAAAUGUCCUACAUGAAGCUUGAUGGAUCUUUCUCGCUGUUCAGGAGUGACUGGAACCAAUCGGCGUCCAGCGUUUGGCUGACUUCGUUCUGUUCCAAGAUAUUUCAAGAAGCUUCGUUCAACGAGUGGGAGAACUUCAUCUAUAUUGAUCCUAAUGUGAUAUCUUUGGCCGUAUCGUGGGUUUUGGAACAUCAGAGCCCUGAGGGUGCGUUUUAUGAGACAACAUGGCUGCCGGACCGCAAUGCCAAUACAACUAUUACGGUUCCAAUGGAGAGUCAGCUCUAUCGGGAGUACGGUGCUCAGCUUAUGGGCGAAACGGUGAACAAUUCAAUAGUACUACAGCGAAAUAUAUCUUUGACAGCCCAAGUUGUUAUAACUCUGGAGUCUGUUAAAAAUCUCAAGGACAUUGGAGUGAGAGAGGGUCUUAGUGCCCAAGUAGCGACAGCCCAACAGCGAGGCGUGGCCUGGCUUGAGCGCCAUUUACGUCUGUUAAGCGAAUGGUCGGAGCCCUACGCGCUCGCGAUCACCGCGUACGCGCUCGCGUGCGCCAAGGCACCCAGUGCUGAACAUGCGUACAGGUUGUUGAAGAGGCGGCAGAGAUCCGAGGGUGGUCUGGUAUAUUGGGGCAAAGAGCCGGUCCCUCAGCCUCCAUACAAGAUGGAGAAUCAGAAGCCAUUCCUGCUACCGAGACUACCGUACAAGUACGACUCCAAUAAUAUAGCCACAACUGCGUAUGCCCUGAUGGCAUGUAUGGAUCAUCAGGAUAACAAUGAACAAAUAGUGAUGUGGCUCAACUCGCAAAGAUUAAAAGACGGUGGAUGGUCAUCUACACAGGAUACAUACAUAGCUCUACGUGCACUCAUAGAGUAUACGAACCGAAAGCGUCUACGUGACGUGAGCUCGUUGACGUUAACUGUGGACGCUGUGGCUUUGAAUGGGACUACGAAGACAUUGCACGUCGAUAAUAAUAACUUGGCCGUUAUGCAGAGUAUUGAGAUUCCAUCAGCCUGGGGCACAGUCAAGGUGACAGCUCGUGGGGCAGGAUAUGCUAUCCUGCAAAUGUCAGUGCAGUACAACGUGGACGUACCAAGAUUCCAGACGGCGCCACCGGCACGGUCGUACUCGUUACUUGCGCACGCGCAGUAUUACGGACGGAAUCAGUCUCAUAUUGAUUAUCAGACAUGUGCCAGUUGGACGUUGCUUGAGGAAUCACCGCGCUCUGGUAUGUCAGUGAUGGAGGUUCGAAUCCCGACAGGAUACAUGAUCCAGCAACAGCGUUUAGACGCCUACGUUCUAUCCCGUAAAGUCAGGACGCUACAACGAGCAAAAUAUACGCCAACAAAAUUACUGUUCUUCUUUGACUAUUUGGACCACGAAACGACGUGUGUAAACUUCACAAUAGAGCGGUGGUAUCCAGUAGCCAACAUGUCGCGAUACUUGCCUAUAAGGGUCUACGAUUAUUAUGCACCCGAACGGUUCAACGAGACGAUAUUCGACGCCUUACCAACAUAUUUAUUGAACAUAUGUGAAGUUUGUGGAUCAUCACAGUGUCCGUACUGUGCUGUUUAUAACGCAGCCUUACGAAUUGGUGUCACACCUGCGUUAGUACUACUCAUGGUUGCCGCUAGAUACAUCACAUAUAGGGUGUUCACGUAACAUGUGCAAUUUUUUACUUUCAAAAUGGUCCAUUGAUAAAGAUUAAAUUAUAAUAUAAAGAGUUUUUUAACAGACUAACAAUUUCGAUGACAAAAUAAACUAUUAUUAUUUUUAUUAUUAAUGAAAACCAUAUUGAAAAUAUUGUAUUUUACCAGGUCCGUGACUGUUUUUACUAACCCUUUAAGGGUAAUAAUAAAUAAAUUGACAAUAUAUAAAUUGUUGAAUUAAUUAAACAAAGCAUUAACAUCAAAAAUAAAUAUUAGCAGCAUAAAUAAGACUCAACCAUUUUGUAAUCAUUUAAAAACAGAUGAUGUGAACACAGUGUACGUAUGUUACAGAAUUUUCACUGCCAUGUUAAGCUACAAAAAUUUCAAACAUCCUAUAUUUUAUCUGCUGAUAUUAUAAGUUCGACUUAAAAAAAAAGUGUGCAAUCGUUUUGACAAACAAAUAUACUUAUCAUAGGAUACAACAAUCAUUAAAUAUUAUUUGUAUAUAUAUUUUUAUACCACCGGCUAGGAUUUCAUUUCCUCUUUUGUGCUAUUAACUGGUUGUAUUAUAGCAAAUUCUUAAAACUUUUUAGUUUAAAAAUAUCCAUUCCAAGUAGAUUAAGUAUUAUUAUAGUGUCCAUUUAAGUAAAAGUAUCAAUAUUAAAGCAAUAUGUUAGCACACAUGAAAUAUAUAGGAAUGCCCUAUUGAGAUUGAUUUUGCUUUACUACAUUUAGCAGUGAGACAUGUCACCCAAUUAUAAUUUUUUUUCCGGUGCUUUUUAUGAGCUCAGAAAUAUCUAAAGUUUUAACUUUAAAUAGUAAUUUAAGGUCUAACAAAUGUAUUUACUUGAAAUUAUAUACAAAUUCUAACUAAAAGAUAUUCGAAUCAAAUAUGUAUUAGUGACUCAGUUUUAAAAUUAUUUUAUAAUACAUAUGCAGCCUUGCUUCACGUCUACAUAUUUGUAUAUAAUUAUUAAUAUUAUGUAUGUAGCUUUAAGAUAUUUAGCAUUUAUUUACAUUACUUUUGUAUAUCAUAAGGAAAAUGUGCACAUGUCAAUAAAUUUUGCCUUAUUAGUUAAAUUCGAUGUAACUAGUUUAUAAUAUUUUCACAAAGAUGUAAAGAUAUAUUGUAUGAAUUGCGUAUUGUAGAUUAGUAAUUAUUCCAAAAUGUACAAAUGACACUCCCGUCCACAUUUGAUGACACCAUUACGGUUUUAAACAUUUAUAUUUAAUUUAGCUGAUAAUGUUUUGGCAAAGUUUAAAAUAGAUAAAUGCCAUACAUAAUAUAAUCAAAGAAAUCAGUAAACUGUAUUAACUUUUUAUAUCUAGAUAUUGCUACCUUUAUGAAUCUCUUUUUAUAAUUGUAACUGAUGCAUGUUACUUAAUUAAUUUCCGUCCAAAAUUACUAUGACUGAUUUUUUUUUACCUUUUGUAUUUUGUGUGUAGUAUUUUAAGUUGUAACAAUUUGUAUGGAAUGAAAUCUCAAUAGAUCUAUUUUUAAUAAUGAGUAUGUAAA